AUGCUGCGUACCACCUCUAGCAAGUACCUCCGCGCCACGCCGCUGCUGCGUGUCUGGGCGGCGGAGGAGGACGAUCCGAACGCACCACCGACCACCUUUAAGAAUGUCAAGCCAGGCCGGCUGCUGCGGCUGUGGCGCCAGAUCCGGCACCGUGCGUGGAUCCUGUACACGUGGGAUGAGGAGUGGAUUUCCCCGAUACAAGAGGGCUAUUUACACCAGCAGCGGCUGGAGCAGGUCUGCUUUGCGCCUCUCUCCGCCUACGGCAUGGUUCCUGGUAGCUACUGCGACCCCUUGCUCUAUAACACCAAGAACACGUCGCCGUUCCGGUGGCACGUAGCCAACGUGCAGAGCGACAUUGUUGGGCACUGGUACGUGGAUGCCGACGAGCUCUUCCGCAUUAAGGACUGGCAGCCAAAGAACCCCGACGACCCUCUGGAGAUGUUCCCGCGACCGCCACAGAUGCUGCUCAAGUGGGACGAGUCGCUGGACGAGCACGGCAACCGCACCUUCCGGUACAAGUACUGCUACGAUAUGAUGGGUCCCACAGGUAAGUGGGAGGCGUACCCGCGGUACCCCUUCUCUCACCUUUACCAGGGCGGGCCAGACCAGCACGGACGUGCUGAAGGGUACGGCUUCAAACAAGGCCAUCUCCUGCGCUGCAAUGAAGAAGAGGAGGAGGUGCUGCGCCGCAUCAUGGAGGAGGAGGACAAGGAGUGGGAGAUGGUGAAGCGGACGGAGGUCGUGCAGGAGCCGUGGUCGUACCCGGGUAAGAUCCGCCCCAAGGACUUUGAGGGGGCAGUGGAGCGUGCCAAGGCGCGAUUCCGAGAGCAAAUUCGAUACGGCAAGGAGACGGACCCGAGUGAGGAUCCCGAGUACGACCUGGUUCAGGCCGGCGAGUACGUGGAGCCGCGUGAUGGGCCGCGGGCGGAGUGGCGCCAUUUGUGGACGUCAAACCGCAAGCCCGGCGAGUCGCUCCCCUUCCAGGUAACGUUCAACGACGGGCUGCGUUUCGAGGACAACGAGGGCCGCCCACCAGUUCACCCGGUCGCGCACUAUGAGGAGACACCGAAGGAAGCGCCGUACAAGAAAUACCAGGAUGCAGACUCGGCUGCCGCCCGCGCAGCUGAAGCGGCGCACAAGGCCGCGUGCGAGAAGUCCUUCGAGGAGGCAAUGGAGCGGCAUCGCAAGCUCUUUGGAGACACGAGCGGCAAGCCGCGAGGGCCGACGGCGCCUCUGCCGACGGGUUGCCCGCCGAUGAAGGACGCACCGUGUUCACCGCUGCCAUCCGAUAGCAACCCGAGCUCGAAGCCAAAGAAGUGA